AGGGCAACUGGUAACCCGGAAGCGGUUAUCUGUGCAGAGCUGUUUAAAGAUGGCGGCGGAGGAACCUCAGCAGCAGAAGCAGGAGCCGCUGGGCAGCGACUCCGAAGGUGUUAACUGUCUGGCCUAUGAUGAAGCCAUCAUGGCUCAGCAGGACCGCAUUCAGCAGGAGAUUGCUGUGCAGAACCCUCUGGUCUCGGAGCGGCUGGAGCUCUCGGUCCUGUACAAGGAGUAUGCUGAGGAUGACAACAUCUAUCAACAGAAGAUUAAGGACCUCCACAAAAAGUACUCGUACAUCCGGAAGACCAGGCCUGACGGGAACUGCUUCUAUCGAGCUUUUGGAUUCUCCCACUUGGAGGCGCUGCUGGAUGACAGCAAGGAAUUGCAGCGGUUCAAGGCUGUGUCUGCCAAGAGCAAAGAGGACCUGGUGUCCCAGGGCUUCACCGAGUUCACAAUUGAGGAUUUCCACAACACGUUCAUGGACCUGAUCGAGCAGGUGGAGAAGCAGACCUCAGUUGCCGACCUGCUGGCCUCCUUCAACGACCAGAGCACCUCGGACUACCUGGUGGUCUACCUGCGGCUGCUCACCUCAGGUUACCUGCAACGCGAGAGCAAGUUCUUCGAGCACUUCAUCGAAGGGGGGCGGACCGUCAAGGAGUUCUGCCAGCAGGAGGUGGAGCCCAUGUGCAAGGAGAGCGACCACAUUCACAUCAUCGCACUGGCCCAGGCCCUCAGCGUCUCCAUCCAGGUGGAGUACAUGGACCGCGGCGAGGGCGGCACCACCAACCCGCACGUCUUCCCCGAGGGCUCAGAGCCCAAGGUCUACCUGCUUUACCGGCCCGGACACUACGACAUCCUCUACAAGUAGGGCUGCUGCCCGCCGCUGCCAGGCACCAGACAUGUACAGAGGUUUUUUGUGGUUGUAAAUGGUCAUAUUUCACUCCUCCCUUUUUUCUGUCACACCACCUUCCAUGUUUUAUUAAAGGGGAUGCUGGUGGUGAGCCGCGUGUGCGUGUCCCUGCUCUGCCCACCCACCCGCCUGGCUGCUGUGGUGUCUGGCUGCCCCCCUGCCCCCCAGGUGGGUCCCUCCUUGCCUUCCACCCUCAGGCCUCCCCACCAGGAGCAGUUUUGAAGGGGCCAGGCCUCUUGGGGACCUCUCCUGGUUACCUAGAUCUCUGCUCUCCAGGCUUCCCCCCUUUCCUCCUUAGCUGAGCUCCAGCCCAGGAACUUCCAUCGGAAUCUUGGAAGUUCCUUGGGAACUUGCCCAGAGAUCCAGGACUCCGGAGGCUUCCAGUUGCUCCCACAUAGGCCCACCUCUGCUCUGCUGUCCUGGCCCCAGACCCUCACUUCCUGCCCUUCACCUGGGGUCUGCAUGGUUGGGGAGCCCGGGGUGGAGGGGGCCUCCAUGAUGGUGGAGCUUGGCUCAGGGCAGGCAGAGGAGUCGGGGCCCCCACAGUGCUCCCCAAGUGGUGCCAGCCCUAGGGGGGAGGGGUAGCCCCCUGAUCUGGGCAGGGCUUGCCAGUGCUCAGUUCCUCCGCUCCCCUGCACUAGCGAAGCCCCCUGCCUGUGCCUGCUUUGCACCCCCUGCUUGGGCUGCUGUUUGCAUUGCCUCCCUCUCACCUCCACCUCUUCUCUCUGCCCCAGCACAGGCGGGGUCUUGGCCCCAAGGCUGUGAGCUCCUUGGGGCAGGCCCUCAAUAAAUGUGAAGUGCUGCUG